GUCUAGAUACAGAUUCAGAAUGGGAGUCCAUAGUGUGUUGCAAUUCCUCAUCAUUGCUGGCUGCAUAGCGUCAUUCAGUGAUGCGAGUAAGCCAAACAUCGUUUUUAUACUAGCUGAUGAUUUGGGAUGGAACGAUGUCAGCUUUCACGGCUCCGAUCAAAUUUUGACACCAAACAUUGACUCCUUGGCAUAUUCCGGAGUAGCAUUCGGGAGGUACUACAGCCACGCAAUAUGUACUCCUUCGCGAUCAGCACUCCUUACUGGAAAAUAUCCAUAUAAGACAGGAAUGCAAGGUAAUCCCCUUGGAAUGAGUGAAGAUCGAGGUAUCCCAACUAAUGUGAGGUUAUUACCACAGUAUUUCAAAGAUGUCGGUUAUUCCACUCAUUUGGUUGGUAAAUGGCAUGCUGGCAGUUCCAGACGAGAAUAUUUACCAACCAGCAGAGGGUUCGAUAGUUACAUCGGACAUAGGGGUGGUUACAUAGAUUAUUAUGAAUACACUAUUAAAGAAGAUUGGGAAGACGGUCAAGUUUCAGGAUUAGCCUUGUUUAGAAAUCUGACUGCGGCUUGGGACGUUGAAGGUUACAUCACUGAUGUUUACACAGAUGAAGCUAUCAAAGUUAUUGAUGAUCACGAUUCAUCCACCCCUCUAUUCCUGAUGGUUACCCACAACGCUCCUCAUGCCGGCAGCGAUACCGUUGCCCUGCAGGCACCAUCAGAAGUAGUUAGACAGAUGAGGUACAUUGAGUCACCUGACAGAAGGAUAUUUGCUGCCAUGAUAAAGAAACUCGAUGAUAGUGUUGGCGAUAUCGUUAAAGCUUUACAAGACAAGAGAAUUUUAGAAAAUACAAUCAUUGUGUUCGCUGCUGACAACGGAGGUAUGACGACAGGGCUUUAUGCCAAUUAUGCUUCUAACUAUCCGUUGAGAGGAAUCAAAAUGUCACCAUAUGAGGGUGGCGUGAGAGUUGUCGGGCUACUGUGGAGUGCAAACUUAAACAAUACGAGUCAUUAUUGGGAUGGAUACAUGCACGUUACGGAUUGGUUGCCCACUUUAUUGAGUGCUGCUGGUGUAGAACCUCCAACAGACGUCGAUGGAGUUGAUCAAUGGGAAAGUAUAAAUUCUAAUUCAGCAUCACAAAGGAAGGAAAUGUUUGAAAUCGAUGAUUACACAGGAUAUGCAUCGAUCACAUACGGAGACUAUAAGUUAAUAACUGGUAAACCCGAUGAAAAUUACAGUGGAUAUUUGGGCGGUGAUCUAAGAGGCGUUAUUGAUAGUCCACCUUCAUAUAUUGAUGCUAUUGCGGAUAGCAAAGUGUAUGGUGUACUUCACUCGAUUGGUAGAACUUUUGACACGAACUUCUUGACUUUGAGGAAUAAGACGAUAAUUAAUUGCGAUGUAUCUACAACGUCUAUAUGUUAUCCUAGUAACAAUACUGUAUGUCUCUUCAAUAUAAUAGAGGAUCCAUGCGAAACAACAGAUUUGUCUGCUACUUACCCAGAAUUGGUGGCAAGCAUGCAACAAAUAUUAGAUGUUGAAAUGACAAAGAUGAUUCCCAGAAUUUUACCGACUGUUAUCGACCCUAUGUCUGCACCUAGCUUACAUAACUUUACAUGGGAUACUUGGAUUGAUUGAGUUUUUGUAUUUUGUACAUACAGUUGCAGUAUAAGUGUUUAUUGUUUGUGUCCUUAGCUGUAAAUAAGAAGAUCGAAUUCUUAAAUAUUAUAAUCCAGUCGUUAAAAAUAACGUAAAUGUUCGUAGCAACUGCACUGAUAUUUGUAUUUAUUAAUAAAUCAAUAUAAAUAAAAUUG